CAUUUGAUUUAUAACAUGCAGCUUCCUUUCUCUAGAUCCCCAAUAAACUGGCAGACCCUAUAUAAUCUGAUACUUUUUGAUAGAAAUGAUAGCAGUCCCUAGUUUUUACAAUGAAAUGAUGGUAACUUUUUAUUUUUCCCUGUUUCUCUGGUACAUUAACUCAGCUUAGACGUCUCAAGAUUAUCUAUUGUUUUGGUGAAAUGUAUGGAGUCUGGGUUGAACCUUUGAAGAAAUUAUCAUUAUUGGAGGAACUCAGCCUUUGUGAAGCAGAAAUCUGUGAUGAAGAUAUUUAAGCUGCUGGCCGCUACUGUCCCCUGCUAAGCACUCAAAGUUAAUCAAGUAGCGUAUAUAUUCUGUAAUGAUCAUGUUAAUGAUGAGGAGUACAUGGCUGACAGGAAUUCGUUAGCUGUAGCAAUUGGGAAAAACCUUCCUGAGUUAAGGCAUCUUGAACUCAUUGGAAAUUCCAUGACAAAUACUGGGUUGAAGGCGAUUCUGGAUGGUUGUCUUCAUCUUGAUUCAUUUGACUUACGUCAGUGUUUGUACAUUGAUCUUAAGGGAGACCUUGGAAAAAGAUGUUCUGAACAGAUCAAACAUCUAAAGCUGCCUCAUGAUGCUCUUGAUGGCUUCCAACAUCUUGAUGAAAAUGUUGACGUGCCAUAUGAUGUUACUUCUGAGUCUGAGAUACAUUCUGAUGGUUAUGAUGAUCCUUUCUACCAUGGCGUUGAUUAUGAGGAUUCUGAUGAUGAUUAUGAUGAAGGUGAUGAUUUGGCGAACUUAUUGAUGUUGAAUGAGGCGAUAGCUUUUAUGGCUAUGUGCAAGUAAUCUUUGGUGGAGAGAAAGGAAAGUUGAAUUUGGUAAUGACUGUCAACUGCUGAUGGCUGUCUAAUACCAGGAAUGUAAUUUUUAACCUCCAAACAUUUAUGGGUCAUAUAUGCAUCUUUGUGCUUGAAUUCUUGUAAACACUAAGAAGAUGAUGGUUUUAGAUUUUAUCAUAUGUUUUUGGUAUUGAAAUGCCUUAUCUUGAUAG